AUACACAACUCGUGAAGCAACAAUGGCGGGCAGACUGAAUGGGAAGACUGUCGUAGCUACAGCAUGUGCCCAGGGCAUUGGCAGAGCAACUGCUGAAACAUUUGCCAGAGAAGGUGCAAGAGUUAUUGCAACAGACAUCAAUGUGGAAAAGUUAAAGGAGCUGGAGGGAAUACCAGGCAUUGAGAUCCGUAAGUUGGAUGCGACUGACAAUGAUGCAAUAAAGGCACUUGCAGCUGAGAUAGAAACUGUUGACGUCUUGUUCAACUGUGUGGGGAUUGUAGAAAAUGGAACUAUUUUGGAUACCACAGAUGAGGGCUUUGACCUAUCCGUCAAUGUUAACAUCAAAACUGCAUUCUACAUGAUCAAAGCAUUCUUACCUAAGAUGAUUGCAAAGAAAUCAGGAAGUAUCAUCAAUAUGGCUUCGGUAGUAUCCAGCGUUAAAGGGGCUCCCAAUCGUUGCAUCUAUGCUAUGACCAAAGCAGGCAUUAUUGGCAUGUCCAAAGGUGUUGCUGCAGAUUUUGUGAAAGAUGGUAUUCGCUGUAACUGCAUAUGUCCUGGAACAGUGGAUACACCUUCUGUACGGGAACGAAUGAAAGUUUUGGGUGAAGAGUACUUCAUGAAAAGGCAGCCUACAGGUCGCUUGGGAACUCCUCAAGAAGUGGCCAAUGUUGCGCUGUUUCUUGCAUCUGAUGAAUCAAGCUUUGUGAAUGGCUCGGAGUACAGAGUGGACGGUGGAUGGGUAAUUUGAACCCUACAAGUUACAGAGUUAAAACUUGUUUGGGACAACACUUACUGGUUAUGGACUCUUUCAACAAAUUAUUAUGAUUUUUAUUCCUCUUUGAGAUGGUCAACACGAUAAAUUAAAAACACUAGAAUGCGCGUAUGUUUAAUGUUAAAAAUAAGGAAUAGUUUAUUUUGUUAAUCAAUUAUAACAAUCUAUUUUGAAGCAUUAUUUUUAAUUACCAAAUACUUUCAAAUUGGAGCCCUGAUGGUGAAAACAUGAAAUUGUUAGAAAGCAAGUUUAAAAACUGCUUUUAAAUUUUGGGUUGUUUUUUCCCCCUAAAAAUUACCGUGAACAGGACAUAGUGAAUAUAGAAUUAAAUAACAUAUUAUACAGAGGACAUUUUAAAAUGCUAAGUAAAGCUAUUUACAUAGUAACAUUAAAAGCAAUCAUUGAACAAAAUUACUUUAGAAAAAUACCAGUGUAAAGUGUCUUUAUGUUUUAUUAUUAUUUUAUACCAUUUCUGUUUGUACCAUAUCUCAUAAAGCACACAGUGAUGAGUGGUAUUUGCACUCAUAUGUUUCA